AUGCCUACAACGGUGUUAGCUGCUGAUGACUUUCUCUGGUGGCUGUGGAAGCAUAUGGAAAAGGAAGAGCUUCUUCAGUUUAUUGGUUUCUCUUGGUUGAUUUGGCAGCGACGCAACAACUUUGUUUUUCAACAAAAACACCCCGCGGACCAUCUGUGGCUAUCAUGGGCUGUGGAUUUUAUUGCUUAUCAGCUUGAACAACAGCAGCAACUCCCUCUUCUUGUUCACAAUAAGCCGUCUGUUUCAUGGCAGCCCCCCCCAUCUGAUUUUCAUCUAAUUAAUACUGAUGCUUCUCUUAAAUUGGGUCAUUUGGGGUGCGGGCUAAGUGCAAUUAUUAGAAACCCAGCUGGUGAUUUGGUGGUGGCUGAAGUUAAGUACAUCCACGGCUGUAUGACUGUUCCUAUGGCUGAAGCUGCUGCAAUUCAUUUGGGAGUUCAGCUUGCUAUUCGUUGGUCUAUCAACAAAGCUUGGGUUGGUUCUGAUUGCAUCACUCUUAUUCAAGCUGCUGCCAAUAAUUCAUUUCCUCCUACUGAUUGGGGGCAGCUUAUGAAGGAUAUCAUCAAUGGGAAGAACCAUUUCAAGGAGCUGAAUUUUAUUUUUUAUCCUAGAGUUUGUAAUAAAGUUGCUAAUAGUUUAGCUAGGUGGAGUCUAAUGACUCAAAAGUCGAUUACAAUGACUAAAAUGUUACCUUCUUGUGAUGCUGCUUUAUUAAUAGCAGAUGUGCCUAGUGUUGCUUAG